AGUUAAAUAUCACAGAGUGCGCUAUAUGCGAUGUCCUACUGUCGGUAAAACAGUUUUUUUUACUUUUGUUCCUCUUCCAUGACACGUACAUACACAUAAGCGUAAACAUAACCAUAUAUAUGUGUAAAGAUUUUUCUUUUCUCCCCACUUAUCUUCUUGUUCCCUGCUAACGUAAUACUCCUUACUUACUUGUUAAAUCACUUCUAUUUCCCCUACUUUAAUCUCAUCUAACGAUGAUCAACUUUAAUCCGUCUACUCGCGGCAAUUUCGAAGUGGACCAUUCAUACUCGCAUUCAUGAUAAUAAGCCGGGAAUUUGAAUGAUUGGAAAAACGAGUUUGACGAUCGAUCGUAUAAGUAUUCGUGUAACUGUUAUGCAAGUAAGUAAGAAAGAAACUAAUUAAUUAUCACCUUCAUCUAAUGCGGAGUUAACCAAAGGAGUAAUGAUCAAAUUGGAGUGUUAAUCAUUCUUCACUGUCAUCGUCGUGCAAUGGUCAAUGUGUAUUAUCUCUUUCUCUCUCUCUCUUACUCUUACACGUACUAUGCAUAACACAUAUAUACAUAUAUAUAUAUAUAGAUGUAUUAAAAAGGAAGGUUCGUUAAAUUUGUGUGAAGUCCGUUAAGCACCGUUCGGUGUUCCAUUAAAUAACGUUCCAUAAGGCCGAUUACUCGUAGAGCUCGGUAUGGGUGUCUGUUUCUGCUUAAAUUAGUGCACAGUGCGUGGCACAGCCUUAACUCAACACUCCUCUCCUCGUCUAACCAAAGUCAAAUCAUUAUGCCAGUGAUAAUACGUCGUUGCCUGUUGCUGUUCUGCUGUUACAAAUUCGAUAUCAAAGGAAAAGGAUGCAACGAGGUCAGUUGAGAGAUAUUUCCUCCUGGAUGACCCGCCUGUUUCCUGAACCCAGUGAAAGGAUAGAUGCUUUUAAGAUGUUUGGAUCAAAAAGCAGCUGUCCUACGAGCACAUUUUAUACGGACUUAGAGAUCACAGAAAGUAAGGAAGUCAUUACGGAAGAAUACGAAGAAAGACAAUGUUCUAAAAGUUCACGAUCAUUGAAGCAGCAAAGCAGAACUAACGAAGAUGGAAGCUCACAAGAUUCAGAUACACAAACUACUAGCAGUGAAGAUCAUCAAUAUUCUAGACAUUCCUUUCAUAGAAUCGCAAGUUUUGGGGGUUUUCCAAGGUUUCAACCAUUCGUUAUGUCAGCCUCCUCCCCAGCAGCAUGCAUUGAUAUUAGUAGCAAUGAAGAGACAUCCAAUGAAAAUUCUUAUGUUGCUAUGUCGCACAGUGUUUUAGAAUAUAGAAGUAGCAGGUACGCAGCUUCAGAAAGAAAUUCUCAUCAAUAUACUCUAGAUGCGUAUGCUAUAAGCGAAUCAGAAAGUGAAGAAGAAUCAGAGGAAACUAGAUCUUCUGAAACGGAGUCUAUUACCACUGUGGAUCACACAAAUGAAUCUACUACAUCCGAGCCAAAAUUACGUGUACAAAGAAGUUCCCCUGAUUCCAAAAGAAAAAAGGCGCAUCGUGUAGCAGAGGAACUAUUAGCUACUGAAAAGAAAUAUGUCAAUAUUUUACAUCUCAUCGAUCAAGUAUUUCAAUUUAGAGUCGAUCAAGAAAAUAGAGCGCAUCCAAUGUUUCCCCCUGAAACGGUUCAACACAUGUUUUCUAAUAUUAAGUCCAUUUACAAAUUUCAUAAUGACUUUUUAUUACCUCAAUUGGAGGAACGAAUGCAAUGCUGGGAUUCUAAACCUAAGAUUGGUGAUAUUAUGAAAAAUUUUGCACCUUUUUUAAAAAUGUAUACAGAAUAUGUUAAAAAUUUUGACUACGCAAUGAAUCUGAUAAACACAUUACAAAACAAAGUAGCAAGGUUUGCAGCAAUAAUUAAUGAUAUACAAAAAUUGGACGAGUGUGCUAAAUUAUCACUGCCGCAUCACAUGUUAAGUCCGAUACAAAGAUUACCAAGAUACGAAUUGCUCCUUAAGGAUUAUUUAAAAAAUCUUACAGAAGAAAAUCCUGAUUAUGAAGAUACAAAAAAAGCUCUAGAAUUAGUAUCUACAGCUGCUAAUCAUACAAAUGAAGCAAUGAAAAAAAUAGAUAAGUUUAAGAAACUAUUGGAAAUACAAGAAAGUAUAUACGACGCGACCGAUCUAGUCAGUGCAACACGCGAGCUCAUAAAAGAAGGUCGUAUUGUAAAAAUAUCAGCGAGAAGUGGCGAUCAUCAGGAUAGGCAUUUGUUUUUGUUUAGCGAUCUAUUGUUAUUGUGUUCAUUAAGACUGAUACCUGGUCCUCCAUAUCGUUUACGAGCCAAAUUUUUAGUAGAAGAUUUACAAGUUGUCGAAGGUGAUAAUUUAGAAACAGCUAAUACUUUUUAUAUUAGAUACGAAAAUAAAAAUGUCGAGUUGUAUACAUAUUCUGCGGCGGAGAAAGCAUCAUGGUUAGAUGCAUUAUUCCAAACUAUGCAAGAAAUAAUGAGACGCAAAGCUAGUUUGAAAACUGGUAAUGCUAAAACAUCUUUGGUUAAGGCUGACGAUGUAAAUAGAUGUAUGGUUUGUGAAGUCAGUUUUUCGGUUAUGAAAAGGAAACACAAUUGUAGAGCAUGUGGAAUUGUUGUUUGCAGUAAAUGUUCUAAUCAAAAGUUAUUAUUUGAAGACAAUAAGAAUAUGAGAGUAUGUAGACUAUGUCAUGCUGCAUUAACUCAGCCUCUUAGCAAAUCUCCAUCGUCUCCUUCAGGACCAGUGCCAAGUUUGUUGCAAGUUUCAGCUAGUGCACCAUCAGUAUUGUCUGGUUAUCUUUUAUUAAAAACACAAGCGAGCAAACCAUGGACCAGACGAUGGUUUGCGUUGCAUAUUGACUUUGUUUUAUAUUCAUUUAAAUCAGAAACAGAGAGUAUGGCCAUGACAGCAACACCAAUGCCAGGUUUUAUGGUAACUGAUGGUGGAAUGUUAACAGAUGAGGACCCUUUGAGUAGUAAAGAUCGUAUAAGAGCAUUUAAAAUGCAUCAUUCUAGAAAAUGUUACUAUCUACAAGCUUCUUCUGAUGACGACAAAGAAAAAUGGAUGCACGCAUUACAAUUAGCCACAAAAGCUGAACUACCUCAUUUAACAGAACAGAUCGAAAACGAACACGCACAAGAAUGUCAAUCGUCGUUAAAUGAUAUACAAUGAAAAUGAAUAUCAUCACAUUUACGAACUAGCCAAUUUUGUACUAUUCUUCUCAUAAAAAUAAUUAGAUUAUUAGACAACUGUAAGAUAAUCGUUAGUUAGCUAUAUUUAAAGAAGAAGAAGAAGAAAAAGAAAAAGAGAAAGAAA